AAACCCCGGUUUCAGGAAGUCAUCCAGGUCUUGUGUUCGUCCAAACACACAAGCCGUGGAGUGGGAUUUAAAUAUAGUAAACAAUAUCUACAUUUUCGAUACAACAUCCAUCAAGAAUUAUCGCGUCUACUUGUUUAUUAGUCGGAUGCAAGGAUGCCACCAAAAAGGCGUAAUGCCGGGACGAGCCAAAACAAGCAGACGAAGAACACAGCUGAAAAAAGUUCAUCUCCGAACAUCAAACAGAGCCCAGAGUUAUCUGUUAAAACGCACAGAGACAAAGAUGCUGACUUUGUUGCUCUCUGCAUGAGCCUUCACGUGUCCGACACGGUGUGUGACCGUGCCUGGAAGAUUUACAAAACUGUUCAGGAAUCCCUGGAUGAACCUGCGGAAAAUCAGAAAAGGCUUUGGGGGGCUUGUCUCUUUGUGGCUGUGACCGACAUGGAUGUUGCCCCUUUCACCAUAACUCAGGUCCUAAAAGCAGUCAGUAUGAAUGUAAAGCAGUUUGUGGCUUUGGUUCGGAAGUUGGAUGUCAACUUGGACACAAUAAGCACCAAGGUGAAUUCAGCACUGACACGCCUGGAGAACAAAUACGAUGUGUCGCUGGCUCUCUACCAGAGGUUUGAGAAAACCUGCAAAAGAAUUUUUGCUUUGGCACCUGAAGGAAAGGAGAAGGAGAUCAUGCGAAGCUGCUGGACGAUGUUUCUGUUGGCCAAAGGAAGGGCAUUGCAGAUGGAGGAUGACCUGGUCAUAUCAUUCCAGUUGCUGCUGUGUACGCUGGAGUUAUUCAUCAAGAGAGGCCCGCCUGAUCUCCUGCAGCCUCUUUACCAAUCAGCCAUCAGCAAAGUUCAGAGCCCCGUGACCCGAACCUCUCGUCGCAACCAGCACAAUGCCAAAGCACGACCUCCUGAGCCAGAGGUGGACGUGCGGCUUCUUGAAACCUUGUGCAAGGAGAACGACUGCAAUGCAGAUGAGGUUAAAAAUGUGUACCAAACUAGUUUUUCCGCCUUCCUGGACUCUCUGGAUCUUCCUAAAUAUUCAGGACUUCCCCAGGUCAAUAGCCUCAACCAACAGUAUGAUGAGCACUACCUCAAAAGUCGAGACAUUGAUGGACGGCUUUUUUUGGACAAUGAUGAGACCAUUUUUGCGGCUAAAGUGGAAACGGUACAAAUGGAGAGAACGCCAAAGAAGAACCUGCUGGAUGAAGACGCCGUGGCCAGCCCUCCUCCUCAGACUCCCAUCAGAGCUGCUAUGACCUCCAUUCAGCAGUUGAGGGGUGACCUCACCUCUCGUGGUGACCAACCAUCUACCAACUUGGCAACCUAUUUCAAGAACUGCACCACAGACCCAACUCAGGAUGUGCUGAAGCGCUUAGAGACACUGGGACAGACCUUCAGUCAGAGAUUUGCCAAGGCAGUCGGCCCACGCUGCAUUGCCCUCGGCAAGCAGAGAUUUACCCUUGGUGUCAAACUUUACUACAAAGUCAUGGAAGCAAUGCUAAAAUCGGAAGAGAAACGGCUGUCUGUGCAAAAUUUCAGUAAACUCCUCAACAACUCCACAUUCCACACCUCUCUCUUGGCCUGUGCUCUGGAGGUUGUCAUGGCAACAUAUGGAGAGAGCAGUUUUAAGACGGGGGGAUUCAAUCACGGACGUGUUGGUGACCUGGCCGAAACAGACAUGUGCUUCCCUUGGAUUUUGGACGUUUUGAACCUCACCGCCUUUGACUUUUACAAAGUCAUUGAGAGCUUCAUCAAAGCUGACCCCACUCUCAGCAAAGACACUGUCAAACAUCUGGAGACCUGCGAGAACCUCAUCAUGGAGCGCAUCGCAUGGAGGACGGGUUCUCCUCUCUUUGAGCUGUUGAAGCAGGAGCAUGAAGGCGGCUCCAUGGAACAAGCGGAGACGACCGCCAGUUUCAACCAACCACUACAGCACAACCACACUGCCGCUGACCUGUAUCUCUCCCCUGUUCGUCCGGGCCUUCGCAUCUUGCCUCCUGACUCCCCCGCCAAUCCUGGGUCUCAAACUGCCCCUCCACCAUCCAACCAGCCUGGCCCACAGCCUGCUGGCCAGAACAUUCAGCACCCAAGGUCCAACUCUCUCAGCCUCUUCUAUAAGAAAUUGUACCGCCUAGCCUACAUCAGACUGAAGAUGCUCUGCUCCUAUCUCCUGUCCUCCCAUCCGGAGCUGGAGCCCAUCAUCUGGACGCUCUUCCAGCACACUCUGCAGCAAGAGUACGAGCUGAUGAGAGACCGUCACCUCGACCAGUUGAUGAUGUCGGCCAUGUAUGCCAUCUGUAAGGUGAAGAGCGUUGAUCUGCGCUUUAAGACCAUUGUGUCGUCAUACAAGAACAUGCCCAACACCAGUCAGGAGACCUUCAAGCAUGUGCUCAUCACAGAGGGCCACUAUGACUCCAUCAUUGUAUUCUACAACCAGGUGUUCAUGCAGAGGCUGAAAACAAACAUCCUGCAGUAUGCCUCCCAAAGGCCGCCGACCCUCUCUCCAAUCCCACAAAUCCCACGCAGCCCUUAUAAAUUCCCCAGCUCUCCUCUGCGUGUCCCCGGAAGCAACAACGUGUACAUUUCACCCAUGAAAAGCCCGCGCAUGUCACCUGGCAUCAUGACUCCUCGCAGCAGGAUGCUGGUGUCCAUUGGGGAAUCUUUUGGGCAGUCCAAUCGCUUCCAGAAGAUCAACCAGAUGGUCAACAGUGGCGAACGCCCCUUUAAGAGAACUUUGGAUAUGGGAGGCACUCCCAAGCCUCUGAAGAGGUUGAGAUUUGAUGUUGAUGGGCAAGAUGAAGCUGAUGGAAGCAAAUCUGGCAGAGAUUCAACACUGAUGAAGAGGCUCACUGAGAUGAACUCCACUUGCAGUCGGAUGAAGGAGGAUGCAGAAUCCCGAAGGGAGAAGCAAUAAAAACUACUGAACUAACCCUGCACUGUUUGUCACAAUGUCAACUCUUGAAAACUUGAGCUUUUCUGUACAUUUAGUGUGUGAUUUUAGUUUGUAUUUAACUUUUUUUUUCCUAAAGAGCAAUAUGUCAAUAAUAGGUUUGGAGGGUUUUAACCUAAUUAUCAUUGGCUGUGAGAUUAGGUGCCUUUUGUUUUUGUUUUUUUUUAAACAUUGUUUGGCUUAAGAGCAGCCUUACUGCGACACAAUACUGACUUUGUAUGUUUAUUUUCAUGUUUCAAUCAUAAUGUGACAUUUGCAGUGUUAAAUCAUGAUUUAUUUGCUUCAAAUCUGGCCAAUCAGUUUUAAAAAUGAUUAUUUUAAAUGAGAAUUGCAGAGAUUAUAUGGACUCAUAUACAUACUAUACAUAAUUACUCAUUCUUUUUUGAAGUAAAAAAAAAUGUUUGUUUUGUUGAGUGACAAGGGUUUUUUGUAUUUCUUAAGUCUUUUGAAACCAGGAAAGUAAUUGACAGGGAUUUAUAUGCCAUGUAGAGCAAAUAAAUAUGCCAACCUCCCUCUUUAAAGAAACAAAAAAAGCUCCUAGAGAUGUAAUUUGUCUGUCUUUAAAUUAAUAUUUACUUUUGUUCAGGUAGUUCCUUUUUAAUAUACUGAUUUCUGAUUUUGACUUCUUUUUUUUUUUUUUACCAGGUUUUGCUGUUCAUUCCUUGCGACGUUUACUUGUCUUUGCACUUGAUUGUUGCCUGCAAAGACAUCAGAAACUUCUUGUACUUCAGUCCAUUUUCUGUAUAACUUCAAUACUGAAUAUUGUAUUGUACCAUUAUAUAAACUGUGUUGUUCCACUUUCAAACAAACCAAUAAAUCAUACCCAGCCUCUUGGUAAAAGUAA